AUGUGGGUGCCCUGGUCCUAUGCUUUUGAUAUUGCUGUACCACCUGGAAGUGGCACUGUAGUUUCCAUAAAGCCCGGGAUCCCAACCCUGCCAGUGAAGGCCUGUUAUAUUGUCUCUUCAAAAAAAUACCAAUCCACGUUGACCAUCAAGUCUGGAGAGAGAGCAAUCUUUGACUUUAGCUGCCAGAAUCCAGAGAAACAUUUUGUCAUAGAAAUCCAGAAGAAUAUUGACUGUAUAUCAGGCCCGUGUCCUUUUGGGGAGGUUCCACUCCAGCCCUCAACAUCCUCAUUGCCUGCCCUCAACAGAACUUUCAUCUGGGAUGUCAGAGCUCGUAAGAACAUCAGUCUAGAGCUGCAGUUUUCCACUCCCUACCUGAGGCAGAUCGGACCAGGCGAGAACUGUCUGCAUGGAGCCACCUACUCCAUCAGUGGCCACAUCGAUGCCACCGUGGUCAGGAUUGGAACCUUCUGCAGCAAUGGCACGGUAUCACGGAUCAAACUGCAGGAGGGAGUGAAAAUGACUUUACAUCUACCAUGGACAGACAAAAGAAAUGUCUCUGGUUUCAGCAUUGCAAACCGGUCAUCUAUAAAACGACUGUGCAUCAUUGAGUCUGUGUUUAACGGUGAAGGCUCGGCAGUCCUGAUGUCUGCCAACUACCCAGGUGGUUUCCCUGAAGACGAGCUCAUGACAUGGCAGUUUGUCAUCCCCGCGCACCUGCGGGCCAGCGUCUCCUUCCUCACUGUCAACGUCUCCAACUGUGUGAAGAAGGAGGAGCGGGUUGAAUACUACAUCCCGGGCUCCACCACCAAUCCUGAGGUGUUUAAGCUGGAGGACCCCCAACCUGGGAACAUGGCUGGGAACUUCAACCUCUCCCUGCAGGGCUGUGACCAAGAUGCCCAGAAUCCAGGGAUCCUCCGGCUGAGGUUCCAAGUCUUGGUCCAGCACCCACAAAAUGAAAGCACUAAAACUUACCUGGUUGACCUGAGUAACGAGCAUGCCAUGUGGCUUACCAUCUCCAUGCAGCCCGACAGAGUGACCCGCAAGUUUGUCCCUGGCUGCUUUGUGUGCCUGGAGUCUCCUCGGACCUGCACCACCAACUUGACCCUGACUUCUGGCACCAAACACAAGAUCUCCUUCCUCUGUGACAACCUGACCCGCCUGUGGAUGAAGGCAGAGAAAACCCUAAGUUGCACAGACUACCGGUACUGCCACAGGAGGUCCUACCCUCUCCAGGUGCCUGGGAACAUCCUCCAGCUGCCCGUGCAGCUGCACGACUUCACCUGGAAGCUGUUGGUGCCCAAGGACAAGCUCAGCCUGGCGCUGAUGCCCACUCAGAAGCUGCAGCAGUCUACCAAUGAGAGGCUCUGCAACACCAGCUUUAGCUACCUCGUGGCCAGUGCUGUCCCCGGACAGGACCUCUAUUUUGGCUCCUUCUGCCCUGGAGGCUCCAUCGAGCAAAUCCAGGUGAAGCAGAACAUCUCAGUAACCCUCCGCACCUUCAAACCCAGCUUCCGUCAAGAGAUCACCAGGCAGGGCCUGACUGUGUUCUUUGUACCUUAUUUCAAAGAAGAUGGCAUUUUCACAGUGACCCCAGACACAAAAAGCAAGGUCUACUUGAGGACCCCUACCUGGGACUGGGGACUCCCACCUCUCACCUCAGUGUCUUGGAAUGUCAGUGUGCCCAAGAACCAGGUGGCCUGCCUGACCUUCCUCAAGGAGCGGACCGGUGUGGUCUGCCAGACGGGGCGUGCAUUCAUGAUCAUCCAGGAACAGCGGAGCCAUGCUGAGGAGAUCUUCAAUCUAGAAGACGAGGUGCUCCCCAAGCCAAGCUUCCGCCAUCACAGCUUCUGGGUUAACAUCUCCAACUGCAGCCCUGUGAGUGGCAAGCAGUUUGACCUGCUCUUCUGGGUGACACUCACCCCAAGGAAGACAGACUUGACAGUAGUCAUCAUUACAGCAGUGGGAGGUGGAGCUUUACUGCUGUUUGUCCUCGGACUCAUCAUUUGUUGUGUGAAAAGGAAUAAAAAUAAAGGGGAAAACAAAGGCCCUGCUGUAGGUAUCUACAAUGGCAACAUCAAUACCCAAAUGCCAAGGCAGCAAAAAAAUUUUCAGAAAGGACGUAAGGACAAUGACUCCCACGUGUAUGCGGUCAUCGAUGACACGAUGGUGUAUGGGCAUCUGCUACAGGAUUCCAACGGGUCCUUCCUCCAACCAGAGGUGGAUACCUACCGACCCUUCCAGGGAAACAUGGGAAACCCCCCUCCCUCUCCACCUCCCAUAUGCUCCCGAGCCCCGACUGCAAAGUUGACUGCAGAGGACCCCCCACCUGGCUUUACUCCUGAGUCAGAAAGUGAACCGUACACCUUCUCCCACCCCAACAAUGGGCAUGUGGGCAGUGGGAACACAGACAUUCCCUUGCUGGACAUCAAGGAGCCAGCAAAUCCAGGAGAAUAA